CUGCUGUCUCAAGUCAGUUUUGAUUCGGAUGAGGAAAGUGAUAAAGAAAUGGUGGAUCAUCUGGGACCUGCGUGACAAACUGCUGUAAAGAUGGAGUUUAGAUAUGAAGACAUGAGUUAUCCAGAAACAUGCAGAAUAAGAAGUGAAGUUGCUGAUGAACAAAGAGAUCUGGAGGAGCGGAAAGAGGAAAGUCAAGAACUAAAUGAAAAAGUGGAGGAGAAACAUCAAUAUCAUAAACCUGAUGAUUUCAUAACUAGUGAAAAAUCUGUUAGUGGCUCAGAGACUGAAAACUCACAAAAAAGAACUCAAAUUUCUUUCACCUGCCAUCUAUGUGGAAAGAGUUUCAUACGUAAAGGAACUCUUGAGAUCCACAUGAGAGUUCACACUGGAGAGAAGCCUUUCACCUGCCAACAGUGUGGAAAGUGUUUCAAACAAAAAGGAAAUCUUAAAAGUCACAUGAGAAUUCACACUGGAGAAAGCCCUUUCACCUGCAAACAGUGUGGAAAGAGUUUCACACAAAAAGGAAACCUUAAAAGUCACAUGAGAACUCACACUGGAGAAAGCCCUUUUACCUGCAAACAGUGUGGAAAGAGGUUCACACAUCAAGGAAAUCUUAGGCAUCAUAUCAGAACUCACUCGGGAGAGAAACCUUUCACGUGCAAUCAGUGUGGAAAGAGUUUCACUCAAAAAGCAAGUCUUAAUUGCCACAUGAAAAUUCACACUAGAGAGAACUGUUUUAUAUGUCUUGAGUGUGGAAAAAGUUUCACAGACAUGGAACACCUUAACCGGCAUGCGAAAAUUCAUACCGAAGAGAAGCCUUUCCCAUGCGACCAGUGUGGCAAGAGUUUCAAAUUGAAUAAAAAUCUCAAGAUUCACAUGAAACAUCACACUGAAGAGAAGCCUUACACGUGCCAUCAGUGUGGAAAGAGUUUCACACAAAAAGGAAACCUUGAGAUUCACAUGAGACUUCACACUGAAGAGAAGCCUUUCACAUGCCAUCAGUGUGGAAAGAGUUUCGCUCACAAAGGAAACCUUAAGGUCCACAUAAGACUUCACACUGGAGAGAAGCCUUACAAAUGUCCUCAUUGUUGGAAGAGUUUCACAUAUCAAAGAGACCUGAAAAGCCAUUUGAAAAUUCAUUCUGGAGAGAAAGAGUGUUCUGAGUGUGGGAAGAGGUUUGUAGAUAUUAACAAUUUCAAAAACCAUCAGCGUAUUCACCCUACGCAAAGGCCAUUUAAAUGUGAUCAGUGUGGUAAAAAUUUUUGUUUGCCAUCACACUUAAAGAUACACAUGAGGAAUCAUGCAGUUGGAAGACCCUAUUUGUGUUUUUUGUGUGGAAAGAGUUUUAAAAUGCUCUGCCAUUUAAAAUCACACAAGAGAAUGCAUACCAUUUUCAGUGCUUUUAAGAGAGCAAACUAUUUGAAACGGUACCAAAUAAUCCAUCAUGCCAAAAAACCUGAUAAGAGUUCACAUAGUGGGAAGAGUUUCACUGCUUCAGAAAAACAGAAAACACAAGAAAGUGUGCAUACUGGAAAGACAUCAUACAACUGCCCUUCAUGUGGGAUGAAUUUCAGCACAUCAAUCUAUCUUCUGGCUCAUAUAAAGAAACAUUGUUCAAAGUAGUCACAAAAAGCAAAGAUCAUUUUUUUUUUUUUUUUAUCCAAGUGUUGCUAGUAAAUAGUGUGAUAUUAAGGUGUAGCGGAAGAUGGAAUUAAUCCCAAAUGGGCAAAUUUACCUGUAGUGAAGAAGUUUGUGCUUAUUCAAGAAAGCAAGUGGAGGUCAACAUAUAUGUUGGGGACAAACAUAGUAUUUAAUUAACUAAAUGUUAAUUUUAUAUUCAUCCAUGUACUUAACAGUUGUAAGGAUAACAUUAAGGAAUAUUUAAAGGAGUAAUUUAGCCAAAAAUGAAAAGUCUGCCAUUUUUAUACCCAUAUGACUUUUCUUUUCAUGGAACACAAAAGGAUGUCAUGAUUGCUGGUUCCCUUACAAUAGCAAUGAAUAGGGCUAACAAAGCACCCAGAAGUGUCAUAAAAGUAGUCCAUGUGACUUGUUUGUCAUGUUUCAAGUUUGCUGAGGGUGUAUUUGUAUGAAAAGGCCAACAUUUAGUUCACCCAAAAAAGGCAAAUUCUCUCCUAAUUUACUCAAACUCAUGCCAUCCCCGAUGUGUAUGACUUUCUUUCAUCAGCAGAACACAAACAAAGAUUUUUAGAAGAAUAUUUCAGCUCUGUAGGCCCAUCCAAUGCAAGUGAAUGGAGACCAGAAUUUGAAGCCCCCAAAUGCACAUAAAGGCAGCAUAAAAGUAAUCCAUACAAUUCCAGUGGUUAUAUCAAUUACUUCAGAAGUGAUAUGAUUGGUUUGGGUGAGAAACAUCAAAAUUUUAAGUCCUUUUUUUACUCUAUAUGUCCACUUUCGCUUUUACAUCUGAAUGUCACAUGUGGUGCCUGUUUAGUUCCGACCGAUCUCACUGAGAUCGGAAAGAGUAGAUUGAAAUUUUAUUAUCUAAAAUCGGCGUAUACUUACCAAAAUUCGUUUUUUACUUUUAACAAGUUAAAAAUAGAACAAUUACUUUUUUAACAAACUUUUAUUCAGUGCAAAACAGUCUUGCUUGUGAUUAUAUUGUUUAAUUUUUACUACAAUUACAUUAAUUAUUUAUUACAGUGAGGAUUACAUUUUACUAUACAGUUAUAAUAUAUUUAUGUUGCAAUUUGUUCAAUUUCAGGCGUUUAGCUUUUAUUAUGAAUCGUGCUUUUAUUUUGACGUGUAUUUUUGACUGAAGUUUAACCUCUCCGGAUAAACAGUUUGCUAAAUGGCUCCGUGUGAUCGUAAAAGCUUAUUCAGACAAAUAUUGCAACAUUUAGUGGUUUAAUCAUCACACUAGGACAUUUCAUGAUUUUAAUUUGAUUAUUUGUGCAUUUCAGUGUAAAUGGAGUAACAGAGCGCACACUCAAAUAAGCAUCUGAGCAUUUGAAGAAGUCGUGUGUCAGUAAGACAGUGUGCAAGUAACAAAUUGAGUCGGUGCUCGAUACAACCGGUACUGUAGAAACACUGGUUACAUCUUUUUUUAUUUUAGUACCGACUUGGUACGGAAGUACCGGUGUUUUUGACAACACUAUCACCUAUCAUAUCGCUUCUGAAGAUAUGGAUUUAAACUAUAUGGAGUCUUAUGGAUUACUUCUAUGUUUGCUUUAUGUGCUUUUUGGAGCUUCAAAGUAUCGGUUACCAUUCACUUGCAUUGUAUGGACCUACAGAGCUGAAAUAUUCUUCUAAAAAUCAUAAUGUGUGUUCUGCAGAAAGUAGAAAGUCAUACACAUCUGGGAUGGCAUGAGGGUGAGUAAAUUAUGAGAGAAUUAAAAAAAUUUGUGUGAAUUAUCUCUUUAAAGGAAUCUUCCAGGUUCAAUACAAAUUAAGUCAUUUGACAGCAUUUGUGAUAUAAUAUUGAUUGGUUGAAAAACCAGAGGGAGGGGACAUGUCAAUGAGAAUGUCAUCUUUGAAAUUUUAGUGUGGAAAUUCAGAUGACGGUGUAAUUCGUAUUUAAUGAAGUCUCAGAUUCUUAAACUGUUGACUAAAAAUUAUUAUUUUAACUGAAUUUAAUUUAAUCGAAAUAAUUAACUCUAUUGACAAUUUAUAGUUUUCAGUCUUGUUAUACAAUUAACUGGAGGCAUUAGUAUAACUGUCAGAUAUUGUGCUGUAUGGCUAACAUUAGCUAACAAAUAACAAGUGUUGUUCGGACACUGAAGCCUCUUGUUUCGGAGCAUAUUUUCCAGAGGGUCAUAAAAGAAUUACAUAAUGUGAACAGAUUGUCCAUAUUUUUAAGUCAAGGUUGUAAAAUUGAUUACAGGCUUGCUAAUGUUACCAGUUGUAUUGCAUUAUUCAGGUAGAUAUUCCAGCUAUUCCAAUAAUUCUAGAUAGACUACAGCCUAUUUUCAUUUUUUAUUAUCCCCUUUUAUCCCAAUUUCGAAUGCCCAAUUCCCACUACUUAGUAGGUCCUCGUGGUGGCGCGGUAGUUCACCUCAAUCCGGUUGGUGAAGGACAAGUCUCAGUUGCCUCCUCUUCUGAGACAGUUAAUCCACGCUUCUUAUGACGUGGCUCGUUGUGCACGACACCGGAGACUCGCAGCAUGUGGAGGCUCAUGCUACUCUCUGCCAUCCACGCACAACUUAACACACGCCCCAUUGAGAGUGAGAACCACAAAUCACGACACGAGGAGGUUUCAUCAUGUGACUCUACCCUCCCUAGCAAUGGGACAAUUUGGUUGCCUAAGAGACCUGGCUGGAGUCACUCAGCACACCCUGGAUUAGAACUUGCGACUCCAGGGGUGGUAGUUAGCAUCAAUACUCGCUGAGCCACCCAGACCCCCUAUUUAUGUGUGACUUUAGUGCGUAAAUGCAGUGAGUUUAUGCACCCAUCUCUGGGAUCUCUACAGACAUCCCUUAUCCCGUGCGAAUCGAAAACAUACAACAGACGUAAUAAUUCAUCUUUAAGUCACACGUAGAAAACGUAUCACGUCCAAAUAUGGUUUUACUUAAUUGCACAGUUGUUGGAUAUGGUAAAUGCAUUCAGUCUGACUAGAAAUGGCUAUAACGUAUCCCCUCCGGAGAUAAUAAUGUACAAAUUUCCCACCCCCACUCAGCAAAAUGCACCUUGUUGAUUUGCCACAAAAAUACAAUCUGUGUUACAGUGAGCCACUCACAAGUCACAAUGGAAGUGGGCAAUUUAUGAACAUUUGAUAUAAAAAUAACUCUCACUGUAGUAUUCCAGCAUUUGUCUUUUAUCCAAAACUACUAAAUGUGUAUAAUGUGCAUAGUUACUAGAAAUUAAGGGACCUUUUACAAUGUACAGGAAACAAAUGGGAUUCAUAUUAUACAUUUUUGUUUUUGCUUGAUGCUGCAUUCAUAUUAAUUGAUUUCAGUUAUUCAGAAAUUAAACAAUA